AUGGCACAUUCAAGUCGUUCCUCUUCGACAGUAGGAACUCCAGAGGUAGUCUGUUCACCGAGUCAAACUCCCUUACCUUCAAGUCACUCAAAUUUUCCGCACUCCUCGCCCCAUCCUCUGCCUACGGGCUUACCGAAUCUGCCUGCCAUUGGUGCCCCAUUCACUACAUUUUGCUUAGCGUCAAUGCCACCUAUCAAGAUUCAAAUAGAUGGUCGGGAAUAUGUUUAUCAGUCACAGCCAACUUUACUACCUGCUAUUGUUACUCCAACCCCGCUAGUCUGUCCCGGCGGAAUGCCUUCCGAACAGCAAGAUAUUAAAUCUGCGGGAUAUGGCAACUCUUCUUCUGCGAUACCAGACCGCAGGUCGGUUAAUCCGACAGCCAUUGUUCUAAUACCACAGCAACCUAAUUAUUUGCCGCAGCCUUUCCAAUAUGUAGUUCCAAAUUCUUAUAAUAUGCCAGUACCGGUAGGGCCGUGUGAUCAAUAUAAUCCGCUACCAGCAACGGCACAGCCAACAAACGGACUGCCAGUACCUCCUCCAAUUAUAGGUUACCCGGCAGGUGAUGGUUCUUUUGCUCCUUUCAACGACAUGAAUAAUGAUCAAAAUUGUUGUAAAAUACCGCACAUUAAAGCUCAGGCUCAGACAGGUUACCAGGGUCCAAGGCGAAAACCGAAGAUAUGCAAAGGUUUUGCGAAACGAGGAUACUGUACAUACAGUAACUGCAAGUUCCUUCACGAAACCGAAGUGCUAAACACAAGAAUGUACAAAGAAAACACUCCAAGAAGCCCUGCAUUACAAUAA